AAUAUUUAAAUAUUUGUGUCCUUAUAUGUAACAUAUGUACGUUCAUUUAAUUAACAGAAUAAUUAUUAAAGUGAAACGUUUAAAUUCUAAAUGAAAACGAUGCUAAUAACUUGACCGCAUUCCGUUAAAAGAAAGUUUGAAAAUUGUGCGUAUAAAUUUUCUAACCUUCAAAACGGUUUUUAUUUGUGCAAUAUGUUGUGGUGUUUUUUUAUGUUAAGUAAAUGUAAAAUAAAAAAAACCAUUCAGGUUGUGCAAUUUUUUUUUAUGUAAAUGUAUGAUAAUAAAUUUAAACGAGUUCUAUUUUUAUUUUUAUUUUUUUUUCCAUAACGUUAGAUCAUAUAGUUUAGUAUAAGAUUGACUUCCAAGACAGUAAGAACUGUGAAAAUAUAAAUAUAAAUAUAAUAGAAAAUGAAUAAAAUAAGUAGAAGUAUGUUUUCUAUAGUAAAUAAAGUAACAACUAGUGUUAGAGGUUAUAAAGUAGCACAAAUAGAUCCGCUGCAAAAAGCUGCUUUGGAAGAACGUUGCAUACUUGUCGAUGAAUUUGACAGACCUAUUGGUGAAGCAUCUAAAAAAGAUUGUCAUAGAGUUACAAAUGAUGGUACUUUACCACUUCAUAGAGCAUUUAGUGUUUUCUUAUUUAAUCGGGAUGGCGAUUUGUUAUUGCAAAGACGUUCUCCAUGGAAGAUAACUUUUCCGGACUGUUAUACAAAUUCUUGCUGCAGUCAUCCAUUAGCAGAAAUAUCUGGAGAAACUUUAGAAGAUGAUGCAAUUGGUAUACGUAGGGCUGCCCAAAGAAGACUUAAUUAUGAAUUGGGUAUUCCAAUCUCAGAGAUCAAUCUAUCGGAUUUCUUUUAUUUAUCAAGAAUUCAUUACUUUUCUUUGGGAGAUGGAGUUUGGGGAGAACAUGAAAUAGAUUACGUAUUAUUUCUACAAAAAGAUUAUAUAACUCUUGAUCCUAAUCCCGAUGAAGUGAGUGAAAUUAAAUGGGUAUCAAGAUCGAUGAUCAAUGAUUUUUUACGAACGACAGAAGCACCAUUAACGCCAUGGUUCCGUCUUAUGCUUCAGCAUAAAUUACAACUGUGGUGGGAUAAUUUAAAAACUUUAGAUAGAGUACAAGAUUAUUCCGUAAUAACUAAAUAUUUGUAAUACACUGAUAUAAUUUAUUUAGUUUUUAGACACAGUCUAUGCGAUGUCUUUCAUUUCCAUGUUUACAAUCAAUUUUCAGGCCUAAUAGGUCCAACCCUUAUACUUUAUAUCAAUUAUAUUUUUAAUAGCUCUGUAUUA